AUGGACUCUCUGGUGGCCGAUGCCAACGUGCACCAGGAUGCACCUUCGGGCAUCAUCUCGCUCUCGUGGGCGUUCCUCGUGAUCCCGUGCAUCUUUGUCGUCAUCGCAUUUGGCUGGAUCAUCUACAGCUUCGGCAAUCCCUCUGAAUUCGCCCAAGCGAACGGCCUCACCACCGGUGAUGACCAUGGCUUUGGAGACGACCAGGAGGACGACGACGACGAGAAGGAUCAGCUGCUGGACCGCUUCACAGAGACACAGUCGCAUGCUUCUUCGUUCAACGCCACACAACUACCUGCGGCCUCAUCGUGGAAGAUCAGCGGCAAGUUCAGCACUACAUCUCGAGGUGGCUCCGUCUACACAUCGUACCCGGACCCGAACGGCAGCUCCGGUCAUGCGUCUCGAAGCUCCAUCUCAUCGUCGCCCAAGUCCAAACGUCUAAGCCUCAAUGCUGACGGCAAGCCGGUUCGUUCGGUUGGCAGCAAGGCCGCCAAGGCGCUCGCACUCAAUCGGGAUCGUAUGAUGCAGGACCUCGAGAACGUAGAUCCGAUCGACCGCGAAGAGCUGCAACGCUCCUCGUCUCGUGCCAGCGACACUCGCAAGUCCGAUUGA